AUGGGGAGAAAAUUCCCGACUUUCCGUCAUGUCCUGCAAAAACAGCUGGCCGAGGAUGGCAGUGGAGAUACCUUCGAAUUCGAGUUUGUCGACGGGCGCAUAAGCUCGCCGCCAGGACCCGGUGUAGAUCUCUUUUACGAUCCGCCAUACUACUGCUGGUGGCGAUCGGGGGCUGGAUUGGACGACCUGUGGAAACCGCGGGAUUGGCUCAAGCAGCACGUUAAACAGAAUGGGCCAUACGAUGGAGUGAUCAUGUUCUCGCAGGGCUGCACUCUGGGAUCGAGCUUAUUGUUGGAUCACUUCAAAGAGACUCCCAACGAUCCGCCGCCGUUCAAAUUCGCCAUUUUCAUCUGCGGUGGUCCCUCGCUCAAACAGUUGGAAGGCGAAUUCGGCUUUACCAUUGCUCCGGAGUUAUGGGAUAUCGAUGCUGCUGGGAUCAAGUCACUGGCGAAGCGGGCUGACAGCUCUGCAAUUCUUGCGCAGGGCUCGAAUCGGUGGCAGAACGACCUCGCGCAUGUGACGGACCUGCCCCGGGAAGAACUUGUGAAGAUGGUCAGUGGUCCGUAUCGAAUCAAUAUCCCUACGGUGCAUAUCGUCGGAGUCAACGACCCGAGAAACCUUGCAGGUCACCAACUGCAUGAGAUCAGCCAUCCUGACGCGCGUAAGAUCUACGAACAUCCUGGUGGUCAUGAUAUUCCCAGGAAACAGGAUACCUCCGUCGCCAUCUGUCGGCUGAUCAGAUGGGUGUCGUCCCCGUUAACGGCAGCCAAAAUCGAGCAGGCCAACGGCGCAUGA